AUCAUUAUGUAAUCAGAGCCAGUCAUCACGAAGGAGCCUAUCAACUUUCUAAUCCACGCGAAACGGCUUAUUCAUUUGAGUGGAAAAUGUUCAAGGUGCUAGGUGGUCUCCUGCUGUUAGGAUGUUUGUGCUGUGAAGCGUCUGUUCGUUUUGGAAGUUCUAGAUCUCUUCAGAAAGUGAUUAUUUUCUUCCGCCAUGGAGAUCGUAGUCCGAUAAAUACGUAUAAAACAGAUCCCAAUGUGGAUUAUCCGUGGAUCGGCGGAUACUUGGCGCUGCAACCGAAAGGAAUUGAACGCAUGUACAAACUGGGCCACACCCUUCGCAAUCGCUACGGAUGGCUGAUCCCCAAGCAUGGAAUGUACACCUGGGAUACAACCACGGUACUCAGUAGUGCUUCCGAACGUUGCAUCCUAUCGGCGCAAAGUUUACUGGCGUCAUUCUACGAACCUCCUGCGGGUGCCAUAAACAUGACAAUUGCGUGGCAACCGGUUCCGGUUACUGUUCUGGAUCGCUCGCAGGAUACUAUUCUUGGCCAGCGAAGAGUGUGUCCCAAAUUGGAUGCUGUUAGGGAGAAACUUUUGCUUGAUCCUCCUCCGGAGUCCAGGCUGUGGCUCAAGGAUGGUUUCGAACUGAAGGACUUUGUAUCGCAACGAACCGGAUCAGAAAUUGACUCGAUGCGUGAUUUAUUCGAAAUAUGCGAUAACCUUGAAGUUGUGGAGUACUUUGGGCUGACCCUGCCGGAUUGGGCAGUCGAAGUAUUUCCAAACAGGACUAAUGAGUUUGCUCGUGGUUACCAACUGACUUUUAGCGCAACUGACGAUCUUAAGCGCAUCCGUGGAGGUGCAAUACUGAACGAGUUGUUGGGAAAAAUGAAAUCCAAGCACAAUCAACGACUCCUCUUCUACUCAACCCAUGACGUAGCCAUGACCAAUUUAUUCAACACGAUGGGAAUCCAGUCACUACUGGAGGAAAGACCAGCUUUUGGCGCGGCGGUCAUCUUUGAACUAUACAACUCUUUGGGUAGCGACAUGGAAGUACGAAUGCUGCACUAUCGGAACCCUGACACAAGCUCUCCCACCCCUAUAGACAUCCCAAACUGUGGGAAACCCUGCUCACUAACAAUGUUCGAACUAUCAAUCAAGGAUAUGUUGCUGGACGAUUACGAUCGUGCCUGUAGUUUAGACAUUUCAGACGAAUAAAUGUAACUCUAUUU